UAUGUGGGCUACCAAUGUUCAGUAUAAUAAUAGUCAUUGUCUCGAUAAAUAGUCUGUAUUGGAGUUUGAUUCAUUAUGUUUCAGGAUUGUUCAAAGUAGUGCGUCUAAAAUUGUUGCAUUUUAGUACGUUCUCGUCUGAAAAAUCCCGAAUCGAUGAGCUAAAUAACAUCAUUGAGCUGCACGAUGUCAUCUUCAGAAGUGCCCGUUCGCUGGAGGAAGCACUAAACGUAUAUAUGCUGAUACAGUUUGGCACGUGUAUUAUCAUGAUAUGCAUGACACUAAUGGUUUUAAUUUUGGCAAUCGAUGACCGGGACUUGUUGAUCAAAAUGGUUCUCAUGAUGUCGUUUAUCCUCUUCCACAUUUUGGUGUACUCGUUGUUGGGAUCGGAACUGAUGGCCGCAAGCGCUUUGGUGGCAAAUGCGGUCUAUGAGGUUCCUUGGUACCAAUGGUCCGUUGCCGAGCAGCGGAAAGUUCUGUUUGUGUGGAUGCGAUCUGCACAUCUGCACAUCUGCACACUACCGCGCUUACCACGGGGAAAUUUUUCUACAUCAACCGCGAAACGUUCGGAAUGACUGUCCGCACCACGAUGUCUUACUUCACCGUUCUGAUGCAGAUUUACGUGGCGCAGUAAGGUGAGCUUUUGCCUAAUGAUCUAGCAGCACAUCUAUGAAGUUUGUGUCAUAAUAAUAGGGUCCUAAAAUGCUUGAUGAAAUCUUAUUUUUAUUUAAUAACACAAAAGUGCAUAUUACAACUUAAGCAA